GGCCGCACCUCGCGCAAACUUUGAGAUGGUGGCGCCCCACGCGACUUCAGAUGCGGCCGCGCCUCGCGCGAACUUCGAGACGAGUGCAUCCCGUGCGAGCUUUGAACGUGUGCUGAGGGGUAGGGGUGGGGUAGGGUUGGGUGACACGCGUCCUGCGGUGAAAGGGCUAGCUAGCAGGAUUGAGAUAGGGCAUAGCGAUGGUGGAGACGGUGGCUCUAUCACGGUGCAGAAAAUCGAGAUUGAACGGCUUUUCUGCAUCUCUGCUGAAAACACGUCCAGAUUCAGAUGCAAGAUCGACGAUGGAGAAUGGAUACUGCCCAAGUAUAUGAUCAAAUCCCCGUUCCUGGAGAACGUGACCUUGCUCGAGGAGUACCCAUGCGUCAGGGCUCAGGCCACGCGUACAUACGAGGCAUCCCAGCUUACGUUCAGCGCACGUUACCGCGAUCACGAUCUUGAGAAAAUGCUAUCCCUCGGGCAUACACGGAUGCUUCAACAUGGAACCGAAGAGUUCAUGCAUCUGAAGGUAUGUAGUUGCCCCUUGCCGGAAUACUUCCUGGCCACCAUCAAAGGACAACCAGUGGUAAGAGCAAGGGCGUGUGCUCGAGUCCACGAUCCGGUCUUCCAUCUACGUCGACUACAACCUCAGCUCAAUGUGAUCAUGGCAUUGCUUGUUGUUCUCAUGUCCCUCACGAACAACAGGCUUGUUGUCUGCCUAUCCAGUGCAAUCGUGCUUGCACUCUACAUGGCCGUCGUAACAAGGACGACAACAGAUAUCUUCGACUCGACACUGAAGAUUAUGUUGUACUUUGGCAAAGUCUUGCUCUGUGCCCCUGGUUGUGGGGACCACAUGACAAAUAGGUACAUGAUCUAUCCCAAGUUACGGGUACUUGUGGAUCCCAACCAUAGCAUUUUCCGUAGAGCCGAACCCUCUUGCAGUUAUGAGGAAGCCUUGGCAACGCUCAAGCAGAAGGGGGUACAUAUCUUCUUCGACCCCCGCACAAAAACCGUGUCCUAUAGAGUUGGCAGGGUGCACGACAGCGUCGUAACAGCCCUUCCGGAAGAGGACUUCAAGUAUAAUGUGAAAUGCUUUGCCGCCUCUGGGCACCCGUUGAUAGAAAGCAUCAUACUCACCAACUUUGUGCUAUAUUGCAAAGAUCUGAUGAACACCAUGGAUGCUGUGAUGCACACGCGCUUAGCUCUAGCCACAAUGCGUAAAGCGGGUGGGACCACAGUCGUGUUCUUCAAGAAAUGGAUCUUUACGGAUACUGCAUGCGAAGUGUUCGCACUGGUAUGUACGCUCGUGGCGGGAUUAGCAGGCUUGGUAUUCAAAAGCAUCCAAGCCGUGACGAUUUGUACAUCUUUUUUUUGGGGAGUCAACCUCCUGUGGUACAUACCGCUGCUCCUGGGAAGGCGGAAGCGGGAUCAUGUCGAAUGGUUAAUGCCGAAGAGAAUGCUCGCACACACUGGGGCUACUGUACUCGCCGAGUUCAACUGCACCUCGGGUCUGACGACGCGGACUUACAAUGGGAUAUCAUUCAGUGCACCGUACGAUCGCAACGAUCUUGAAGAAAUGAUGAGGCUCGGUAGCGGACGAUUCCUGAAUCAGCCUCCAGAGGAAUUCCUGGCAGACAAGAUCUUCUCGGACGAAAGUCGUGAAAGUUUCCUUCUCGGGGUAACGGACGCGAAGGAGCCGAUGGUGAAAGCGAGGGCCAGUGUGAUGGUCCAUGGAUCAGUGUACAGACUUCGCCAACAAGGGUCGCUGCUCAGCGCAAUCAGUGGCAUGCUUCUUGUUGCCAUCGCCUGGGUAAACACCAAGCUUGCCGUAAUUGUCUGUGCAGGCAUCAUGGUUGCGUGCUAUUCGGCUGUCUACAAAGGGAUCGGGCAAAAGGGUUUCCAAAAGGGCCUCGAGCUUGUGCGCUGCCUGCUGAAGGUGCUGUUCAACGAGGGCGGUUGCUGCGACCACAUCACAAACAGGUAUUGGAUGUACCCUAAGGUGCACGUGCUCGUCGAUCCGCUGAACAGUAUUUGCCCGACAACAGAGCCAACCUGCAACUUUCAACGCGCACAGGGUGAGCUCAGAGCGUGGAAUAUCGACAUCGAGUUUGAUCGCACGGCGAGAACAGUAACGUACAAAAUCAAUGGCGUGUCCCGGCAAGUACCCACGACUCUUACCGUCCAGCAGUUUGAGUACAACGUUCGGUGCUUUGCGACCUCCGGCCAUCCGCUGAUCGACGGCAAAGUGUUAUCCGAUCGCGUGCUCCACUGCCACAGUCUGGAAAAAACCAUGGAUGCAGUGGCAAGCAAGAGCUUGUGUGUAGGCAUUGCAAAGUGGGUGGUGUUGGGUGGCAAGCCUGAGAGUCAUAUAAGUGGCAUAGGGCCCAAGGGAACAAGUAACGACGACGAUGACCAUGAUGAUCAUGUUAUUGCAGUGAAUUUGUAAGGUAGCACCGUAUCUUUUGGUCAUGUGGGACAGCGCCUGCGCAGUCAAUCCCCGGUAAUACGGGCAAUCAAUGCUGGCAGGACAC